AUGAUUAAUCAUCUUGGUACUUAUGAAUGCAAGUAUAUAUUAAAAUUAUUAAAUAGAUUAUGUUUGACUCUUCAUACAAAUGAGGGUUCAUAUUUAGCUCAUACAUAAGGAAAGAAACAUUAAUAAAAUCUAUUACGUAGAAAAGCAAGGGAAGGUAAAGAUCUUAAUGCCAUGAUGCACAUGACAAAAUAAAAUUAACCAAAACCUUAGAAACAUCAAACUGUUAAGAUAGGACGUCCAGGAUACAAGGUUACACGAACAGUUGAGAAUACUUAUAAAGUGUUAUAUUUUGAGCUUUAUUAUGAAGACAUACAACCUGGAUUCAUUCCAAAACAUAGAGUUAUGUCAGCCUUUGAACAAAAGAUAGAAUAAGCAGACAAGAAUUACCAAUAUUUAAUUUUUGCAGGGGAACCGUAUGAAAAUGUGGGCUUUAAAAUACCUAAUCAAGAGAUAGAAACAUAAGUAUUAUUUUUUAAUUUAUUCAAGGAUGGAAAAUUUCAACCUGUUUGGGAUAAAGAUAAAAAAAUAUAUUCACUUAGAGUCUAAUUUAGAGAAAAAAAAAAUAAUAAAUAAUGA